UAGUCUAUCUGCUUAUGUAUGCAUUUCAUGUAUAUCUUUCGGUAUAUAUUUUUAAAUGAAUUGUACUGAGCGUGGAACAAAAGUACAAUGAAGUAUUUGUAUGAACGUAGGAGUUAUUUUAUUGUCUUUAAUGUACGAUGUGCGUUUAUCUGAGUCGUGCGGCCUCGGUGAUCAUUUCGGUCGCCGACCUUUUCUCUGAUAGUCCUCAGUAAACGUGAACAAAGCACCAUAUAAUGGAAAAGCCUGAUAAUGUAGAGUCGAAACCAUUCAAGCGACGCAAUGAUAAAUAUUAUUUGUUUUCCAAAUUUUAUCAUUAUCACAUCUCUUAUCUAUUAUACAAACGUAAUGUACCAAUAUUUGUAACUAUUUCCCUCACAACACAUACUUUCGUCUUAACAUAUGGAAAAAUUAAUUUACAUGUUCUUACUUUCGGUUUCAUUUAAAUAUUCACCGGCAAUACUCUCUUUCCAUAUAAUAUUUACUUCUAACGUUUAAAAUGUGGAAUAUUAUCUUAUGCUCAUAAGUCAUUUGCGUUUCGGAUUUAUACUCGUAUGUUACAUGAGGUUACAAUAAUACGAUCAUGCAGCUUGUACGGUCUGCGAAUUAUAAACUCGGUGACACAGAUGCGAUAUUUUUAGGAUUAUACAGAUAUUCUUUGACUAUAUUCUAAUGGUCAGUAAAACACAUUCCAUGCCACUACGAUUUUGUCGUAUGAAACUGAUUUCGCCACGUGAUUCGGUGGCAAUAAAUGUGUUAACAUAGAUCAAUCUAGAAAUAAGAGCUCGAGAACCUAAUGCCCAUUGCACUCUUAGUUCUGACAGUUUUACUGAGUGGAAGUUCAGUUAAAACUGUCAGAACUGAGAUGUACUAUAUCUGGCUAUUGUGGAGACCUUAGAGCAACAAUUGUAUGGUGGUCUUUAAAACAAAAGGUCACGGAUGUUAUAAAACAGUUGGAUCGUUCCCCAGCUCAGGAGAUACUAAAUUUAAAAACAGGAUAUUCAAUUAAAGCGGCAAUGAUGCACCGUAAAUAGGGACCAAAAUAGGACAUACCUUGCUCACUUUUAUUUCGCACUCCAACCGUUACGUUUGUUUUGACAUCUAUGGGAGCGUUUAGAAAUAAAAAAAAACAAUGACACCUAAAAAAGCGGAAUCUAGAUGCCUUCUCAGCAAAGACAAGAACGAGCCCGGCCGGUUCCUGGGCGAAGGCGUGUCGUUCCGCGCGAAGUUGAUCGGCGUGCUGGAAGUGCCGGAGGCGCGGGGGGACAGGAUGUGUCAGGAGGCGCUCGCCGACCUCAAGAUGGCCAUCCGCGCCGCCGGCGAGCAUAAACAGCGGAUCCAAGUCCAUGUCGCCAUUGAUGGACUACGGCUACGUGAUGAUAAGACUGGAGAUUCGUUAUACCACCAUCCUGUGCACAAGAUAUCAUUCAUCGCGCAGGAUAUGACGGACUCUCGAGCAUUUGGAUAUAUCUUCGGUUCCCCUGACACAGGACAUCGGUUCUUCGGUAUCAAGACUGACAAGGCUGCUAGUCAAGUAGUUAUUGCUAUGAGGGAUCUAUUCCAAGUGGUAUUCGAACUCAAGAAGAAAGAAGUGGAAAUGGCGAAACAACAGCUGGAGGGAAAAUCUGUUACGAACAGUUUACUUCGACAUACAAGCACAGCUUCUGAGGCUAAAGUUAAGAGUGUAUCGUCAGUGGGGGAGACGAGCGGUGCGACCAAAGGGGGUGAAGGUGGCGCGGAGGGCGGGGUGGCCGAGCUGGUGGACCUUGAACAAGAGCUGUGCUCUCUGCGGCGCGGACUGACACAAGUAGAGGGGCUCACCCCCUCCACUGACCCCUUCGGGGACUCCUUCUUGGCACCUUCGCCGAAGGGGCUGCUGCCGCCGCCGCCGGGCGCGGGCAGCCGCGGCCGCAGCGCGCCGCCCCGCCCCGCCUUCAGCCCCACCAAGCCCGCCAUGCCCUUCGACCUCAGCGCGGUCGUCGCCGACUUCGAGCCCAAGCCCGCCUCGCUCGUAGACAACCUGCCCGACCCACCAGUCACCCAGCCCGCAACGUCGGCCACCUCGAUCACUUACGACGUAUUCACCGAACUAGACCCACUCGGCACCGGCCGGAGUAAACCUUACGUUGACAAAAAACUCUUCUUUCAGGAGCUCAAAAAUCCGCCAAAGAAAGUGCUCAAAGACCUCGUACCGUCGCACUCGCUCCUAUCCGAUAUAGUGCCGGUGGCGAGCGAGGCCAAGGCCGAGGGCUACGGCCCGCCCACCACGAUGACGUCACUGACGCGCCACUCGGGCGGCUCGGUCGCGAUCGCCAAGCCCGCCCAGCCGGCCUCGUAUGCCGGGGGCUUUUUCACAUCGGACCCCUUCGCGGAGACCGAUCCCUUUGAUAGCACAGAUCCCUUUUCGGAUACUUUCAAGGAUGACCCAUUCACGAGCAUGCAGGAGUUUCCGAAGUCUAGCUUGUUGCACGUCGAAGAGACGAAGCAGAGGUUUAUCAGGGAGAUCGCCAUGGAGAGGGAGACCGCCCUCGCGGCGAAGAGCGCGUUCAACGGCCCGCUGCAGGUGACGCUGCCGCCGGAGCCGGCGCCCAAGUCGCCGCGGAUGCAGAGACAGACGACGGACACGAGCGCGGUGCGUCAGCGGCCGCAGCCGAGCUCCAAGCUGAGCGGCGAGAACCCCUCGCCGCCACCGCCGCUGCCGCCGAAGAAGGUGGUGGAGGUUUCGCUGUCACGCCCCCCACCGCGCCCCCCGCACGAACACGACGAUGACGACUCCGAGACCGGCCCGCCCCUGCCACGACCUGCACGGAAACGAGAACCUUUGAUGGUGGUGUCGCAGGCGGACCGCAGCACGAAGCCGCGGCUGUCGUCGGCUGCCACCAACAGCAGCGAGGAGGAGUACCUGACGCCCGCGCCGCCGCCGCUGCCCGCCGCGCGCCGCUUCGACAUCACGCUCGCGCAGCUCCUCACCUGCUCCAUGGACGACCUCGCCGCCAGAUUACGUGUGCCGGCCGCCACGCUUUCCUCAAUGACAUUACCACAGCUCACAGAUUACCUUCGAUCAUAUUUAGCAGCCGAUAAUGAAAGAGCGCAUAUUCAUGUAGAUCCUUCAAUGCGAGUGGAGAAAGAGAAAUCUACCUCAUUAAUUCCUACCCCUUCAGCUCCGACCGCGGAAAGACCGGUACUAUCUCUGACCUCGAUAGCUGCAGAGUUUCAGACUCAGUUCGAAGAUAAUUUCGCACCUCCAGAGUCUACUGACACAUUUGUAGCCAACUUUGACGACUUCGACAAAAAAGCUAAUCCGUCAUACGACAGAUAUGCAGUCUUCAGAGAGAUACAAGCUCAAGAACUAAAAGCUAAGUCCAUUCUAGACCCAGUCGACGAUGAAACUAAUCAUACGGAAUCGGACGGAAAGGAAGAAAAAGUAGCAAUCGAUGAUCUGUUGCAAACCGAUCAAGAAUUAGAGGAUAUUAAAAAAGAACCGGCUAAAAGUCCACUUAAAACUCUCGAUGAACUGACAUUGGAUUCGUUUAAUAUGUUUAGAAAUUCCGUCAGUCCUAAGCCAUCGAUCGACGCUAAGAUAGAAGAUAUCAAGACUGUAAUGAAAAACUUACAAAUAAACGAAAACACGAGACGUAGCGUGUCUCCCCGGGACAACGGCGUGGCCGAGCACAAACUUGAAGAUUCUAACGACAGGUACGCCGCACUGCGUGAAAUAACUAUCAUAGAACAAACUCAAGAUGAAUUCGAAUCUUUACCUCCCGAAGUACCCAAAGAAAGAAAGAAAUCAGAUGAGAAAUCUGACGGCUUUGACAAUUCUGAUUUCUUUGAUUGCAUCGAUAAUAGCUCCUUGUCGUUUACGCACGUGGAAGAUGCAUUUAGGAAGAGUCCUAUUGUAAAAGAAAGAGAGGAAGAGAAAAUAAUUGAAGAGAAGAAGGAAUCUCCUGUGGAAACUAUACCUGUUAGAGAAGUUCAGCCGUCCGCGCGUCUGUCUGCGGGUUCUAUAAGCGACGUCGCUAGCGGUUCUUCGCCAGACACCAAAGAAAAGUGUGGAAGCGUUCGCGGCGUGUGCGUGGGUGUGGGCGUGGGCGUGGGCGCGGCGGGUGCGGGCGGGGCGCGCGCGGGGCGCUGGGCGGUGCUGGGCGCGGCCGCCUCCCCGUGGUCCUCCGACAGCCGCGACUCCGAGCCGCACGCGCGCACGCGCCGCAGGCACCAUCACGACACACGCACGCAUAUAGUGCAAACGUCAUCGUCGUCCCGCGACGUGUCGCCGUGGGACGAGGAGCCACCUCCAGUGAGCCGCUUGCAGCGCCCGCCCUCCAAGCAUCGAGACAGAGAUUCAAGGCAAAAUUCAUCAGGUUCCCGAGAAUGCCUCGACUCCGGCAGCGGGCGCGAGAAGGAGAAAGUACGAGACAAACGGGACAGAGCGAGAGAUAGAGAUAUAAGUAGAGAUGGAAGAGAUUCUGCAAGAGACAGGAGAGACUCGGGCAGCGGGAGGGACAGACGGGAUGUGAGCAAGGAGCGGGAUCACAGAGAGCACAGGAGGGAUCGCAGGAGCAGGGAAAGAGACGACACGUGGGACAGAGAUAGAACAUAUAGUAGAGAGAGAGACUACAGAGAUUCGCGGAGUAGAGAGAGACCGACAAAGGAGUACAGGGAGAAAGAAAGAGAUAGACACAGAAAGGCGCGGCACUCAUAUGACGAGGAUGAAGAUUACAGCGAGGGCUGCGGCUCGGGGCGGUCCUCGCCGCGCGCGCGCUGGACGGACCAGCGCUGGCGGAGAGAUGAGAGGAACUACGGCUCGUUGGGGUGGCGAGAGACGAGAAGACGACAAGAAAUUAGACAGACCGAGGACCCAAACGAUAGAAGAUAUGGAUCAACACUAGGGUGGCCGGGACGUCGGCCGGCGACUGGCGGCGUGUCGCGCCGUGAAGCAGACCGCGACUCGCGUGAAGCGGGCCGUGAUUCGCGUGAGGCGAGCCGCGACCCGCGUGACUCGGGCCGUGACCCACGUGACUCGGGCCGCGACUCGCGUGACACGGGCCGCGAUUCGCGCGACUCGGGGCGGGAGUCGGGCCGUGAUUCGCGUGACUCCCGGCGCCGAGCUCGCCGCGAGGAGCGUGCUCGCCGGGACUACCGCUUCUCCAAUGACUUCUCUCCCCGCGAGCGCGAGCAUACGUCACCGUUUGACAACGACUUCCAAGACACGCCCGCUGCAGUCGCGAAGAAGAGGACGCCGUAUUCCAACUUAGAGGCGGCGAGAUUCGCCUUCGAGCCGGAGGAGACGACGGCAUCGCCGGUGUCUGCGAGCAGCGCACGACGCGACGGCGACUCGCCCGCGACACGAUUCCGAUUCGACUCCGACUCGAUGUCGCCGAGGUCAAUGUUCGAGGACGACUUCGCGACGCUUUCGACGCCGAGAGGUCGGACUGCGUCUAUAGCCGAGGAAGACGAAGGAGAAAUACCACCUCUGCGUGCAAAACCACCGACACAAUCGCAUCGGGAUAUUAAAAAAUCGGAAUCGGUUAAUAUAUUUACGCGGGAAUCGGAUCCGUUCGAAGGUGAUGCGUUUUUUGCUUGCACAGGCUCGGACCGCGUCGCGCGACGUGAGAACUGGCCCGGGGACUUCCAGGGCUUUGACAAUGCGUGAACUUCUAAGUAACUCGCACCAGUAAUUGACAUUUAUACGUAUACAAGCUUCACCACACAAUUAUCACCUUUUUGGUUCAUACCGUUGUGGGUAUAAAAUUGAUGCAAUCGGAACUUUAAUAAUCUUUGGUAUUUCUAGGAGCCGUAUUAUCCUUGCCAUAUAAAAUUAAAACUCCAAAAUGCCAUUUAGAAUGAAAUUGCAUCUGAAAUCUUUGCUACUAACUUUUAUUUAAAUUUUAAAGUUUCAAAUUGCAACUGGUAUUUGGAAACACACGAAAAUAUUGGAAUUGAAAAUAAACGAAAAUUGAUAAAUAUAUCAAGUUGUCGAGCAAUAAAAAAAAAUUGUGAAUUGUGUCACAUUAUCAAUUAUAGUAUUUGCGGUCCUUUGUCUCAAUAUAAAGUCAGUUAUUUAGGUUAUAUAACUUUUGGAUCUCGUUAUGUAGUAUAAUAAUAUUUAUAUAUUUAGGUAAUAAUCACACCAAUAUUGUAUAUUAAUUAUCUAAUUCUAUAUGUAAACUGUCAUAAUAUAAUAAAAACGUAAUCACUUACGAACGAUAUACAACCAGAAUAGUAUUAGUUAUUUAUAAAAAACCUUUUGCCAGAUACAGUCUCAAUCAUGGCUACCAUUUAGGUAUUAUUUUUGCUUCGAAUUUAUUUGAGUUAAUUUUAGAAGGCGAGGAGCAAAUGAAUUAAAAUAAUGUAGUCUAUAUAGACGCAACCUGUGAUAAAAAGAACCAGCGUACCAUACUUUAUUUUGCGUACCAUAGUACCAUUACAUUAGCGUACCAUUGUUUUUAGUGGGAUAUGCUUUCUUGUUCUAAUUUUGAAAUAUCAAAAAUGUCAGGCAAAUCAUUUUUUUUUAACAAUUAUGUAUUACUAAUUUAUUUACUUGCAG